AUGCAUUGCACCAUUGUGACGAUUUGGAGCCUAGUUCCCCGGGUCAAAUUCUCCAGUUCGAAACCAAGGCCUUACAAGCCGACGAAACUACAGUAUCAGAACGCUGGUGACGGUGUUUUCGUGAUCACCUUGAACGAUCCAAAACGGCUCAACUGCAUGAGCUUGAAUCUCGUGCAAGAAGUGACAUUGUUGGUCGAGCACGCGAAGCGAGAUGAACGAUGCAAGAUCAUCGUGUGGACGGGCGCGGGCCGCGCCUUCAGCGCGGGGGGGAACUUCACGGACACCAGCAGCACGGUGCCUGAGGAGGUCUUCGAGGGCUAUAUCCAGGAGGGUCUUGCGGUGCAGCCGCCAGACGUUUCCCUUGCAGGCACCACCCGUGAGAUGAUCAAAUUCCCCAAGAUUUCCAUCUCUGCCAUCAACGGCACCACCAUUGGUGGUGGAAUUAAUCUGGGGCUCCUGUGGCAGGAUCUCGCCUUUGUGGGGGAGGACGUGACCUUUCGCUAUCCCUUUGGUGAGCUGGGACUGGUGCCCGAGCUGGGAUCCUCCGUGCUGCUGCCCCGUGUGGUCGGCCUGACGCGCGCAAAGCAACUCAUGCAGUACGGUUCAGAGUUCACCGCACAGCAGGCGCUGCAGUGGGGACUUUGCACCGAGGUGGUUCCCAGCAAGGAGGUGCUUCCCAAAGCAGUGGAGGCUGCAAAGAAGAUGGCUAAGAUGCCACAGUUCGCCCUGCGGGAGUCCAAACGCCUCCUACAGAAGGACCUGGUUGCGGCCAUCGACAGCAUCACCCAGGAGGAGCUGGAGACGCUGCGGAACUGCAUCGCCAGUCCUGAAACUCGGAAGGCCAUGAUGGCUCUGAUGAUGAAGACCAGUAAAAACUCGUCGAAAUUGUGA